GGAACUGGAACCCUCCCGACUCUCAAGUGGGCAAAGUUCCAGUUCCCGUUCCUGUAGCUUUCUCUGUAUGAAAGCUCCAGCGCGCAGGAAUUGGAGCGCUCAAUUGCGGAACUCGAGCUGGAACGUUCAAAAAGAGAACGCUCCAGGUCAACACGAGCUGGAGCGUUCAAGAAAUGAAAGCUAUAGGAGCGGGAACAGGAACUUUGCCGACUUGAAAGGCGAGAAAGUUCCAGCUCUCGUUCCUGAGAGGAACAAAAAAGUGGGCGCCAAGGUAGUGCGCCAGCGUCUCCGCGGAGACGCGCGGGCACUACCUUGGCGGACAAUUUGCACCUUCAUCUCCAGUUGUUCUCUUCGGAAAUUCCGAGGUACAAAAAGUGCGGGUCACGUGGCCGGGAGCGAAGCAGGCGGAUCACGUGGCCGCAGCGAAAUCAGCUGCUGAGGAUGGGAAGAAGAGCGGAAGUUGGAAAACCAAAAGCCGAGGACCUGCAUCAACUACGGAUGAAGUGAAAGACGCUGCGCAGCGGAUUGUGUACGUUACCUUCGAGCGUGAUCACGAUGUCAUUCGUUCCGUGCACAUGGCCCCGGGUAAGGGACUGCUCGUGAGGCCGCGGAAGAGUACCACCCUGCCGCAUCAGCACGUAAAGCUGCACGAUUUGGGGGCUAAUGUUGGGUCAGAGGAAGCGUUCGGUCUCGGGCAGGUCAAGGCGCAAGAACCUUUGCGAGCCAAUUUGACAAAUUGGCUCUCCGCUGCUGCUCGAUCCAGAACUUUCGUCGGUGAUCUCGUGCUGGCGGACUCGCUAGCCGUCUUGGUGAAAGGCGAAGCCCUUGGCACCAUGGCAAAAAGUUCCGAAAGCGGGGAGACGCCCCAGCAGUCUCCCCUUAGCACUGCGUGUGAAGCGAUCUUGCAAAACCAUCUGGCGCAGCGGCAGGACGCCGGGCAGUCACGCGGGAACGCAAAAGCCGGCGCCACGUCGCUGGGGAGCUUCAUUCUCUUGGACGGAUCGAUGUGCGCCACUGUUCCGCCGUCGAGCCAUCCUGAGGAAACUACCUGUUUCGAGCGCGAGUGGCUUGCGAUCGAAAAGCAUUGCCGACCGAGGGUGCUCUUCGUGAACAACGUGAAUUUGCCGCAACACUCGGGCGGCUGGAUCCGGGAACACUUGGUGACUGCGAAAAAUUGGUUGGAAAUCUUCACCGACGCUAUGAUCGACGCGGACGGUGGUGGCGCGCCAGCGCCUGCGUUGCGGGAGUUCUACCGGCACAGAAAGUUUGCCAUUCUGGUGUCCCCGGAAGCGGAAGUUUUGGAGACAGGGGAGGGAGAUGAUGCAGCUGCUGGCUUUCCGAGCCAGACACUCGCGGCUAAGGUACUAGAUCUCGUAUGGUCAUGGAAAUUGAUGUUGAUGUAGAAGUAGAGUUUUUUGUACAGUGCGGAAACACGACUCUAGGUGCGUGAUAUUAUGGAGGCAUGAUGACAUGUAGAGUCCUCUGUUUUUCUUUUUGCAUUUUCGUGCGCGUUUUAGUUUUACACUUUAUGGUGCACUUCUGCAUCACGAGUUUGAGUUUCCACGUGUCAAUAAUCCGCACCGAGCGAAGAAGAAACUUUCAACGAUUCGAUGCAGCCGCCAGCCGAGCCGCUUUCUCGGCGUCUCCGCGAGGGUGCCGUCAAACUCCUGCGCAUUGCCGACCAGAUCCAGAAGACAGGAAGCGACAUGGUAAAGACUGUUUUGCGGGACGGCAUGACUAUCACGCACGAAGAUGGCGCGCAGCCAGAUCAUGCCAGCACCACUACGAGAAGCAAAUCCGAGGCACAGAAGCUGCAGAGCAAUCUUUUCGGUAUCGCCAAGCUCCGCGCCGGCGACAAAAUCAGAGGUGGGGACCGGGAAACGUUUUUCACGAAAUUCCUAGAUGACAUGAACACGCUUUUCUUCGACCGCGAGCUGCAAGCGGAUCAUGAAGAAGAUCAUGGAAAGCAAAUGGGUGGGGAAGUAGUACUAGCAGACACCCCGCCCGGGGUAGCAGCUCCGAAAAAAUCUUCUGGGGCCGACGUCAUUUUCCGCAACUCAUUCGUGUUGCCCAACAUCCCGACACCUUUUGUGGCAUUGAAACGAGACGUCAGGCAGUUCUACAACUAUGCCGUUUCCAUGGACUUGUUGAUUCCGAUGAAGACUAACGAGCCGCCGGCAGAUGAAGCGCGGACACGGCCGAACACUGUCGCGGCAAACAAGCAAGAGCACGAGGAAAGCACCUCCGAAACGGGCACGACCGCGCCCCAAAUCAUCCGCCCCGAGGACCUGUGGGAAUGCGCCGUGUACACGGAGUUGCUGGACGUUGCGGUGCUGAAGCCGAUCGGAGUCUCCGUUUCGUCACAAGUGAACUUUCACCAGGCCCUCGCUUUUUCUCCGGAUACGAACGUCAUUCGGCGGCAGUGGGAACGGCUGCGCCUAGGCCAAUUUGUAGACGACAGCGCGAAGGCCCUAAGUCGGGCAGAGUGGGGCGUCACUUGGGAACGGUUGCGGAUAAGCUUAAAGCGGUUUGCACAGCAUGCAGAUAACCCUGCUCGAACCGGUAACGGGGAAGCCGUGCGAAAACAGCGAAGUAGCUCGUCGUGCGCGGAGUUUCUGGGCACGGUGACGGCGCUUCUGCAAGGGAGGAACGAGGAGACUGCCGACAGCAUUUUUGAUGGUGAAGGCGUUGGAAGCAAUUCCGAGCAACCGACUGAGAAGGCUGCAACAUCGGACAACUCGCAGUGCCUAUUCGACAAGUUCGUACCGUCCACUCGCGUCCGCGACUUCGUCGUGUACGAGCGCCUUCCCGAUGUUGAAAACGAACUCUGUCCGUCGUCCGUGCCUGCUCGGAACGAACUGCGGCCGACCGAAGAAACUCCUCAUGACGGAGUAAAGCACGCCGAAGGGCGAAGGAUCUCCUCGCACCAUCAGGAGCGCGAUCGAACAAAAGCACAAAGUUUGCAGCACCAGAUAAACACGCUGUUUGAUCACGAGGAACGGUUCGUUCGCGACUUGCAAGAUCUGGAAAAGGCAAUUCUCGAGUACAUUCCGUCCUAUUACCUGUCUCACGACUCCCUGGGUGAACUCCAUAUUCUGCCGACGAGCCGCGUGGCCUUGGACACGGCACGGGAAAAAGGUGUCGCCAAGCAGACGCAAGAAACGACGCAAGCGGGUGGGCAAGAGUCUGCGCGUCAUGUUGCGGUGGAAAAAUCCCUGACGAUCCUUGGCAUCACGCUGUUGAAACGAGCCCGCGAGAGUCUGCUCAGUUUCCGCCGCGGCUUCAUGCUUCCCCGGCUAAGUGUUGCGAUGCAAGCGCUCGCGUUUAGGAGCAUACAGGAGCGGCAGAAGCGGUAUCUGCAGUGCUUGGAAGGGCAAACGGUCUCCGAUCAAAAAGGACGAGAAAAACGGACACCAAUCGAAGACUUCGAGCAUGUGGUGUGGCCUGUAGUGGCGCGGUUUUUUGCAAAAGCGAAGGCUGCACUUUUCGGCUUUGAUACGGAUGCAGCUGCUAGGGGCGCUGCUUCAGGACCGAUUUCAUUUGCAGAUCCUGACCUCAGCCUGAACAUCGGUAGCGUCUUCAAGUCUCUUCGCGCGGAGAGUCGCAGCGGCCAGGAAGUGCCCUUUUCCUCUUCUGCGAGCAGCAGCGCGCUAAUCUCUUUUCUCGAGCAGGAAUUCCGAACCCGCCAGAAGGGCAAAGAGCAAGUUUUUCCAUCCACGAAGCGCGAGAAGGACUCGGCGGGAGGAAAAGGGGAUCAGGCCGCGCCUGCUGCAGCGCUGUAUGAAAAGCUCGAGAAGCGACUGCUGAAGCGAAUCGUUGUCCCCGCGGUACGGAGAUUCGGCAUUCACCUCGGCGUAUUCGAUCCUAUGUCUGCCGACUACGCAGUGCGGGCAAAGUUCACGGACUGCACGACACCCGACUCAGCAAAUGCAUUCGGGGCACUGGAUCAGGCCGUGCGCUUCUGCUGCAGUGAGCUGGAGCCGGAAGCGCCGGAAAAUCAUUUCAAAUGGAACCUGGCACUGAGUCGGCACAUGCCAUUUGAGCUCGCUGCCUUCGGUGGCUACACGAUGGCACACCCAAGCACCGAGAAAGACACUGACAGAAAUACCUCAACAGGAGGGUGGUCGACGUACAAUAAGAUAGAGGCGCUGGUGCAUUCCGCCGGCCUACGUGUGGCAAAGAAACGCGUGCAGCGCCGAGAGGAAAUACUAGACGCACAGACCACAGCACCGAAAAGCGAGGCGACCAGUGCGAGCGACGGCGUGCCCGGCGCUCUUCGUGCCGCGUCGGUGCAGCGACGUCCCGACCUCGAGAUGGGUUUGAGCAGCAGUAGUUAUCUGUUCGAACUGCUUGCGCGACGAAACGAAACGACCCGCUGGGCGGUGUCUUCCUGGUUUCCGUUGGUGAGACGGGAACCGGUAGUCCAAGCCUUGGCCGAAUAUCAACAAGGUAGUGCGGGACCAUCCGGCUCGAGCGGCUUUCUUUUUCCAUUUCUGGCGACACUUAUCCAAGACCUGCGCUCGGGGCUUCACAAGCACCAGCUUUCUUGGAGUGCAGGGGAUUCCGACGAGACGGUGGAGCGCAAGAUGGAACUGAUUUCGAACACCCUGCAGGAUCGCGUUCAGAACGCGGCAUCCCUUACGGCGAAGGGGACAGGAGGGCGGGGUACCACGAAGAGCCUAGCGGAAGUCUCGGCGAUGCUUGAGGCUGUGGCGAACGAGAGAACGACCUCAGCGAGCCUAAACGCGGCCGCCCUUGCGAGCGCACAGGAAUCCGCGUCCCGGCUGGAUUGGCUGCACAAGAGUCUGCCGCGGUGGAUCACCCUGCUCGGGUACGACGUUCGUCCGACGCCAUUCUUGCACGUGCUCACAAGGGCCGACCGAACUGGUACUGCUGCCCAGUUUGGUUCGUUUGCAGAGCGAAUGUCCUCUGCUCAUUCACUCGCUAGACAAAACCAAACCGAGGGCGGUGCGCACGGCCUCCUUCUACCCCAGCGGAGCAGCGUGCCGCUCCUGAAGCACUUCGUUGCUAAAUCGGAGACCACUAUCUCGCCCUUGGAGCUACAAUUUGCUUCCACCACCAGCGCCGCUUCCAGUAUUACACGAGCAGGAGACGCGACGUCGCCGUGGCCGUUAGCAAAAAUUCCGCCCUUCGUCUUUUCCGUGACAAAACUCGCGGAGAGUUUCCGAACGACGAGGGUGGUCCGCCAAAACUUAAAUUUAGCAAGCAGCACUGCAUCUGCUCAGCAGCAUUUUCAAGGGGAAAACUAUAAUCGCGGCACAUUUCGGCAGUUCAACGACCAAGAUUGCCUGGGCUUCAUCCAGAGCCAUCCCUUGCCGGACCACUUCCCCGAGGCGGAAAAGGUGUUCAUGAAGUACUUGAAACACGGGCCGCACCGCGCAGACUGGUGCCUGCUGUGGGUGCUUUACCACAACGGCGGGAUCCACCUCGACAGCGACGUGAUGGUGUACGAAAACUUUCUCCCCUUCCUCGCACACGGAGAAAAUGCAGCAGUUUCUUCGCGAGCGGAGGUCAUCGCGCUGGUGACGGCGAGCGAGCCCUUCUCGGUGGACACGGGCGUUUUUGGUACGACCAAAAAGAACAAGCUAGUGCUGGACGCGUUGUCGCACAUUUACCAGUCCAGGAAAGACCACGCCCGAUGGGCCGCGCCGUUGUCCGAAAGCUACUGGGCCACCUGCUGGAUUCUUGCCGGGGCGGUGAAAAAAUUGUACGUGAUGGACCGCUGGGAGAAGGUGUUCUGGCUGAAACCCGUCACCAUGGAAGACUAUCUGUUCUAGUAAAAACGGCUGGACCGCGCGCCUCCAGUUGCUGGAUGAAAUGGACGUCAGUUGGCUUUCCAAGUUGUGAGCUAUUGUCUGACGCAAGAGCUGCUCUUUGGUUCGCAGCAUCGAUUUUUUUAUUCCUAUGGUUAUUCUUAGAUACCAAUCUGGUUUCGCUUUCGUGUCUUCAUGUUCAUGAUAGACUUAGACGUGUACAAUUUUUAAGUUGUAGCUCUUUAGCACGAGCUGCUCCAAUAUCGACGAUCUUGUUGGUGUCUUACAUUCGAUAAGAACGCCAGCACUGAAGCCUGCCAUGAACCAAGUUCGAUGCCUCACGUAUAGUUUGGGUUUCAGUUCGCAUGUAUCGACUCUGAUCAAAAGAUUAAAUUUGUAUUCUCGCAUCUUCACUUCACGUUGCGACCCUUGUGCAUGAGACGUGCGUCCAGCGUGAAGAUGAUUGCGCUCUGUAAGUAAAAUCCAUUUGUGAUGUUGCACGAUAGGAAGUUAAGUAGUCACCAGUCAGUUUGCAAGAGCAAGGCUGGUUUUUGAUACUAGAGUUGAUAAGUAGAGUUAGAAUUUGGUAGUUUGUUGAUACGUAGUAUCUUGGUUUGUGCAUACUUGGGAUCUUGAUCAGCUCCUACGAGUUGAACGUCGGGCAGCUCUGCAGCUCAGGAGGCCCAGCAAAACAAUUUUGCGAUAGUUGCAACCCCUUUUGAGAACUUCUUGGGACAAUCAAGAAACCGGUCUUGAUUAGUGCCGUAUGUGCCGGAGCUCUUACAGCCUUGGGCGCGCAACCACCACAUCCACCUCCUCUAUGCAGACCUCCACCUCCUAGCGUAGCCAUUUUCGGACUCAAGGUUGCAUGGGGGAUGGAAGCGGUACAGUGAC